AAAGAGCGUUUUGGUGAGCUAGAGUAGCUGGGCAACAGUGAGGGCGUUGCUUCUCUCUCCUUCUCCCCCCCCCCCCCAACAGACGCGGGAUAGCUGUAACUGCAGAGGCGGCGGCUAUUGCUUUCCAGUCUCCUAUACUUCUGGAAACAAGCCCAGAUACGCCCGUGCUGGUGGGCCUUCGGAUAAGGAAGGAGAAGCGGCCCCGGUCCAAAAAUGCCCGCUAGAGGCUCAGCUUGAUUCUUCGCCGCCAAGCUACAACUGUGAGUGCCCGCCCCGAGGAGGAGGGAUAAAGGUUGCAGACCCGCUUUGGCCCGCUGGACUCGACUCCCGGCGCUGCUGCGAGGGCGUCCUCUGCUGCCGCCUGCUCUCGCCGCCAGCCAGUCCUCCUGCCCCCGGUGGCCCGGGAGGAACUGAACUGUAGUUGCACAGGAAGUCGUGGCUGCUUGGGAGCCUGCAACACACACGGUGGGAGGCAGCUGGCUCUGCCGCACUCCAUACAAGAGUGUGCCUGCGCCGGAGCCAGGAGCCGCUACAAAAGCCAACCGCACCUUCCCGGAGUAGCGGUGGCCGCCCCAGUUGCGCGAGCUGAUACCGAGGCAAAGGGCUGCUGCUGCUCCUCCUUGGGAGGCAAAGGGGGUGGCCGUGGCCACAGGAUCGGAGCUGGAGCUCAGCCGUCGGGCGCGAGAAGUUCCACCUCUACCAGGGGAAGAGGUGGCUGCAGGACUGUUAUUCUGAGUGAAGGACCUUGCAAGCGCCACUAAGCGGUUAUCAUGGGCUUAAUUGCGUUUCUGAAGACCCAGUUUAUUGUUCACCUCCUGAUUGGGUUUGUCUUCGUUGUGAGUGGGUUCAUCAUUAACUUCAUCCAGCUAUGCACACUAAUCCUCUGGCCUAUAAACAAGCAGUUUUAUCGACGAGUAAACUGUCGCCUUGCCUACUCAUUGUGGAGCCAGUUAGUGAUGUUGCUGGAAUGGUGGUCAGGCACAGAAUGCACUCUGUUCUCAGACCAGGCUGCAGUGGAUAAGUUUGGAAAGGAACAUGUCAUCAUUAUCCUGAACCACAACUUUGAAAUAGAUUUUCUGUGUGGCUGGACCAUGACAGAGCGCUUUGGUGUAUUGGGGAGCUCAAAAGUUCUUGCUAAGAAAGAGCUGCUAUGUGUGCCCCUGAUCGGCUGGACAUGGUACUUCCUAGAGAUUGUUUUCUGCAAAAGGAAAUGGGAAGAAGAUCGAGACACUGUUAUUGAAGGGCUAAAACUACUGGCUGAUUAUCCAGAAUAUAUGUGGUUCCUCUUGUAUUGUGAAGGAACUCGUUUUACAGAGACCAAGCAUCGUAUCAGCAUGGAGGUGGCAGAAUCUAAGGGAUUACCUAAACUGAAAUAUCACCUGUUACCCAGAACCAAAGGCUUCACUACUGCUGUCCAGUGUCUCAGGGGAACAGUUUCAGCUGUGUAUGAUGUGACAUUAAACUUCAGAGGAAAUAAGAAUCCAUCCUUAUUAGGAAUCCUUUAUGGGAAGAAAUAUGAAGCUGAUAUGUGUGUCAGGAGGUUUCCUCUUGAAGAUAUCCCUUUGGAUGAGAAGGAAGCAGCAAACUGGCUUCAUAAACUUUACCAGGAAAAGGAUGCUUUACAAGAGAAGUAUAAUCAAGAAGGUGUAUUUCCUGGGCAGCAAUUCAAACCUCCCAGAAGAUCUUGGACUCUCCUGAACUUUCUUUUCUGGGCCACAAUUCUCCUGUCUCCUCUUUUCAAAUUUGUUUUUGGAAUUUUUGCAAGUGGAUCACCCCUCCUGAUUCUUGCAUUCCUGGGCUUUGUUGGAGCAGCUUCCUUUGGAGUUCGUAGACUUAUAGGAGUAACAGAAAUAGAAAAAGGCUCCAGCUAUGGCAACCAAGAAUUCAAGAAAAAGAAAUAAUUUUACAGUUACAGUUCCAAACACUUAACAAGACUAUGGUAUCAAAUUAACUUCACUGAAAGAAAGACACUUAGAAAACUUAUCUUCUUUUCUUAUUAACUGAUAACUAAUAAUACUUGAGCCAAGACUGAAGAAAAUGGAAGAUUCAAGAGAAGAGGAAACAGUUGACUACUUACCUGCCUAAGGAUACCUGUAUUCAUGGUUUUGGGGAGAAAAUGAGCUAAAAACAACCAUUUUCUGCUUUGUGAGGGGUGGAGGAUGGAACUAAUGGGUGGAGCUAUAUACACCUUCAGGUAACUGGUUUGUCUUUCAAGAGUGCAACGUUCGCUUUGCAAGAAGAGCCACUGAAUUUCCUCUUGCUAAAAUUAUUUUUUUCCAAAUUCUUAGUGUCUUUUUUUUAAUGCAUAUAACUGCAGCAAAACACAAUGUCCUGUUAAUUUAAGCUGUUCCUUGGGGAGGAAGCCAACUGGAAAAUUUUGUAGAAUUUUUAGGUAAUUUCUAUUAACUUCCAAAAGAAAAUGGAUAAUGAAAUUUUGUGGGCCAAGUCCUUUACUAAUAAGCACAUUCUUUAGACCAGACUUGACUAGUAUGAAUAUAGUUUUAACUGUUUUUCGCCCCCUUCAUCUUGUGUGUUCCAGUAAAAAACUGGAACAUGCUAUAGUUCAGUUUCCAACAUAUAUCUAGGACUGUUUUCAAAAGUUAUAUCCUGGCAUUUGGAUUUAUGUGACCUGAGCGAUUCAGUCCCCUCGCCUUGAUGUUUCUUCCAAAGAUCUACUCUUAGCUUCCUGCAUGGCUUAUGAUAAAAAUAGCCUCAACCAGCACUGGGAUAGGGAAAAUACCUUGUUUUUGAAAAUAAUAAAAGAAGCAUACACACAAAAUAGUACACAUUGAGUACUAUACUUCCAGGGCUGCAGUCUUAAACGUGGUUACCUGAAAUAAUUUUCAUCUGAAAUCCAGUGGAUUUUCAGGUAAAUGUCUGGAAUGUCAUUUACUGCUUAGCACAACAUAUGAACCCCCUAAUCAGCAGCCACUUCAGUGCUUUCUGAAGUCUUUAAUAUCUGAACUUCUGAUAGUUCAGUUUUCUGUGUACUGUUAUAUGGAUUAGUGAGUAUACGUACAGGAACUGCACAUGAACAGACUGCUGUUUUGUUUGUUUUAAAAGGGGCUAUUUGUAACUCUGUGGCAGUGGCAUGUACCUUCUUCCAGUACAGGGAUAAACUUCUGCUCUCAGCUUCAGACCAGAAAAAUCUGUGGACUCUAGGAAUAGAGUUAAAAGCUGAACUAGCUGUGCUUUUUCUUAAGAUGUGAUAAUUAACGCACACUUUGUUAUUGAAGAGAAGAUUUCAAUUGUAUAAAAUCACUGAUUUCCUUUCUCUCAUAUAUCCAAGGGUAAAUGCAUACUAUUACUUUACCUAAUACAUGUUGCAUUUUUAUACCUGUAGGAGCUCAUUUAAGAGUUUUCAAAAUAUGUUUGUUUGCUUACUACUUUAAGUAGUGGGAAAAUUAUUUGUGGGAAUGGCUUGUCUUUGCUUUCUCAUGUAUCUGCCCUGGGAUUUCUAAAUGAAAAGUUUGUUAAAGUUGUCUUAUGGGCAGGGAUCAAAAUUACUGAUAGGCAUGCAUGGGAGAGAAUGGUAUGUUGAAAACCAGUUCAUAUAGCUGGUUUGUCUCUUCUGCUCUCACAGUUCCUGUGGCAGAUGUUAGAUUUCUAGCUGAACAGGUGCUUGAUUCUUCAGCAGAUGUGGCAGCAAAAGCUCCAACUGCAUGCAGAUCUAUCCACAUGUAUUAUUAACUUUCAAAAUACUUUUGUCUGCUACUUGCCAUUUUGAAGUCUGGAAAAAUGUAUACUGUGGAUCACAACCCGUAGUGUCCCAUCUGUUUUUGUUGGACCAUUCUCCCAUCAAAAGAUUGCACUAUCAAUCCCAAAAUAGGCAAACUGUGCUGCCUGAGAGGCAAUGAAAUCUACCUGUACUCUAAGGAUGGACAGCUGUUAUUAACUUCAUUAGAAGUUGAAAAUGUACUUCUUGAAGGAUGGGCAAAUUCCAGCCAUGACUGUGUUUUAUAAUUCAGUGGAUAUUUUCUGCUUUUUGUUUUGUUUUUAAACCAAGCUAUCCAGCUGAACAAAUAAGCCUCUACUUUUCUCUGAUUUCUAACCAGAGGACAAGCAGACUUGCUUUUUAAAAAAUACUUAGUAAAUAAUUUUUGCUUGUUGGAAAGGGGGUUUUUUGUUUUGUUUUUUAAAGAUGCUGUAUAAUUGCUUUCUGAAGAUGAUGUUUGAAUAUGUGUUAAUUGCACUCAGUAUCAAAAACAAAGCAGGGCUUGUAAAGGAGGAAGAUGCUUAGCUAUGUGUACAAUUUUAUGUGAACAAAGCAUUUAUUAUGGAUGGAAUGUGAAAUGUUAACAAUUUAGUGGGGCAGGGAUGGUGGUGGUGGUGGUUGAGCAGGAAGAGGUUGCAAGAAAAGACAGAGCAUAUAAAAUCUUUUUAAUGGGUGUCCAGUCUCCACUCUGUACAGAACAACUCCUGUUGAAAGCUAAUGGGAGUAAUGCAUGUACAUUUUGGGGAGAAAAAUCAGAUUAAUUUCCUCUGUUUUAUUUUCAUAUCAUGAAAAAUCAUUUUGUUUUAAAAGAAUAGUAAAGUAUACACAUUUAAUUUGUUUGCAAUUCUAGAAAGACAUAUCAAUUUUGAAAACUGAAGUGUACAGUAUUGCACAAUAUAGUACAUGACAGCUCAUCUUUUUGGCUUGAACUUUGGUUUGUCUCUUCAAAUAGGUUUUUAAAAUAAAUAUGCAGAGUGCAUAUGAAAGAAUAUUAUUGGAAAUAGCAGUAAGUGUGUCUCAUAAAGAAUAUCAAGUGGUUUGGACUGAAACAGUAAGCAUAGAUUUUAUACCUUACACUAUUUUCUUCUGGUUUAAUAGAACAUAGCUUGUAUAUUUGACUACCAAGCCCUUUGAGAGCAAUAAUAAACAAAUAUAUCAUGA